GACUCAUUGAUAUCACGUGUAUUUUCUCGCGCUCAUGCUUCCCAUUGCCAUGUCCUCUCACCUUCGCCUUCGGUGCUCUACCAGGGCUUUGGUCCUUCCGAGACAUGCUAUGCCAUUUUCCAACGGGCGCGUGCUUCGCGCAGACUCGGGCGAGUCAUCGGCUCAGGUGGCUGAGGCAGUAAAGCCAAAAAGACCAAUUGGUGGAUUUCGGGGAGGCAUUUUUGGCUUUCUGCUCGGUUUCUCACUAGCUUCCUCAUUUGCGUCUUACCACCUGUUAGAGGAGUAUAGGCUCGCAUCGUCAACGAUGCAAGCUAGCGUUGAAGAACUUCACGCAAGUACACAAAAGAUCUCUGCCCAUGUUCGCCGCAUCGAGGCUGUGGAGAAGGACCUCAAUGCACUGGUGGACAGCUCAGCUGCGAAGGAGGACGUGUCAAAGCUCCGUGCAGAAAUUAAGAAGACCUAUGACGGACUCCACGUGGAGUUUCUGGACCUUAGAGCCCAUGUAUGGGGGAUGCAACAAGAUUUGCAUGGAUCAUUAAAAAACAAUUCGACGAGAGUGUAACUCAUAGAUCUGCGGUAAUUUAUACCACCUUUGCACCACAGAAAUUCGGUACAUUGUCGAACUUUGAUAUUUACGAAGUGCAUCGUCGGAUUGACUCCAGGAACGUGCAGUUCAUCUGCUUACUGGAUCGGUGGUACAUAGGUACAGUGGGAUAUGCUAACCAGAGAAUGUCAAAUGCAAAAGGUCGGGUAAUGCGGAGACGUCAGAGCUCAAGGAUGCCCAUCUCCUUCCACUUAUCCCAAAGGUCCCCAAUACCGACGCCCUCGCCAGGCCGACCUUUGAUGUCCUUAUAAU